AAGACACUAUAUGUUUAUUGCAUUCAAUAUACGCAUAUAUCCAUACCUUUAAGAAGUAAUGGCAGAAGUGACUUGCCAGUAAAUGGAGAAGACACUUCAUUGAAGUUUGGAUAAUCCAUAAUCUCUGAGUAUUUAAACAAGACAUUGCAUCAUGUCCAAAAAAAUUAUUUGCCUAUUUGAUGUUGAUGGCACACUCACCGUACCACAACAGCCAAUCAGUUCAAGCACUGAAAAGUUUCUUCUGGAGACUGUGAAAAAAGAAUUUGACAUUGCAAUAGUUGGAGGAUCUGAUUUGAUUAAGAUUAAAAAACAAUUAGGUAGUGAAAAUCUGUUUGAAAAGUACAAGUACAUCUUUGCGGAAAAUGGGCUUAUUCCAUUCAAGGAUGGCAAAGCUCUGCCAUCACAAUCAAUUCAAAAUGUGCUGGGAGAGGAUGUUCUGCAGGAUUUUAUAAAUUUUGCUUUGCGAUACAUAUCCGAGUUGAAGUUGCCAUUUAAACGUGGAACAUUUGUGGAAUUUCGCACAGGUAUGAUAAACAUUUCGCCAGUAGGACGAAAUUGCAGCAAGAAAGAACGCGAACAGUUUUCUGAAUAUGAUAGUGAACAUCAUAUCCGUGAAAAAUUUAUACAAGUCCUUAAAAAGAAGUUCCCUGAUUUGACUUUGACUUACAGUAUUGGAGGACAGAUCUCUUUUGAUGUUUUUCCUAAUGGUUGGGAUAAAACAUAUUGCUUGCGUCAUAUCCAAGGAUAUGACGAAAUACAUUUCUUUGGUGACAAAACGGCAGAAGGUGGUAACGAUCACGAGAUUUACGAAAGUGAUUUGACGAUAGGACAUCGCGUCACUUGUCCCCAAGACACAGUAAAUCAAUUAAAAGUCCUUAUGGCACUCGUAAAAGAGAAUAGGGAAAAGGAACAAUUUAGUGCUCCAUUACAAUGUGUCUAAUAAAUCGAAGAAUAAUAUAGUUUUCUAGGUCAAAAUAAAUUUAUAUUUUCAAUACAUAAUAUAUUAGCAAACUAGUUUUUCCUCUAUUUCAAUUUUUUGCCGCUCAUGUAACAUUCCUGAUAAUACAAGUGUAAGAGUACUUAAUAUAUAUUUAUAAAGAAUACGGCUCUAUGUAUUUAACAACAUGAUAAUUAUGAAACGAGCGAUAAGAGCCUAAAAACGCGGAUGGUAAUGCGUAAAUUAUUUUUUUCCAAACAUUAAUUGUUCGCGAAAAAAUUUUUUUAAGAGGGGGGAGGGAAAAGACUCGGGUUCGAUUCCCGAUU